AUGUCGGCGACCGGGUUUCAGGGGAACCCCGAAAACGGCGUUCUAAAACAACGAAAUGGGGCCGAUAUAGCGAAAAACGCAACUCCGGCGCUGGAACAGGAAGAUGAGUCAAAAGUGAUCAUUGACCAGCGAGACACACCGCUGAAGAGCUUGGAACGCGUGGUGAUGCCUAUCGUGUUCACGCUGCUCGGUUUCGCGACUCGGAUGUACAAAAUUGGAGUCAACAACCACGUUGUGUGGGACGAGGCCCAUUUCGGUAAGUUUGGAUCAUACUAUCUGAGACAUGAAUUCUACCACGAUGUGCAUCCACCGCUGGGUAAGAUGCUUGUGGGACUGUCUGGGUUUCUAGCAGGCUACAACGGGUCUUGGGACUUCCCAUCGGGCGAAGAAUACCCGGAGUAUUUGGACUUCGUAAAAAUGAGAAUUUUCAACGCGACUUUUUCCGCCCUUUGCGUCCCAGUCGCUUAUUUCACGGCUAAAGAAAUUGGAUUUUCACUGCCUACGGUAUGGCUGUUCACAAUUUUGGUCAUUUUCGAAAAUUCGUACGCCACGUUGGGCAGAUUCAUCCUCUUGGACUCCAUGCUACUCUUUUUCACGGUCACGUCAGUCUACUGUUUUGUUGUGUUCCACAAUCAAAGAUUCAAGCCAUUUGGAAGAAAAUGGUGGAAAUGGCUUGUUUUGACUGGUCUUUCACUAGGAUGUGCCAUUUCCGUUAAAAUGGUCGGUCUUUUUGUCAUUACUUUGGUGGGAAUUUACACUGUGAUCGAUUUGUGGAACAUGCUCGGCGACAAGAAGAUUACCAGAAAACAAUAUGCAGGUCAUUGGCUAGCUCGCAUUCUGAGUCUCAUUGUCGUGCCAUUCUUGGUGUUUUUGGCUUGCUUCAAAAUUCAUUUCGACUUGCUGUCUCACAGUGGUACCGGUGAUGCCAACAUGCCUUCUUUGUUCCAAGCCGGGUUGAUCGGUAGCGAUGUUGGCGAGGGCCCUCGUGAUGUAGCCUUGGGAUCUUCAUCUGUAAGCAUCAAGAAUCAAGCCCUAGGUGGUGCGUUGUUGCAUUCACACGUUCAAGGAUAUCCUGAAGGUUCGAAUCAACAACAAGUCACUUGUUAUGGUCAUAAGGACAGCAACAACCACUGGAUUUUCGACCGUGUGCGUCCAUUGGCUGCUUGGACCCAGGAAGAGCAGGAAAUCGAAUUUAUUGAACCAGGCGCUUCUUACAGACUUGUUCAUCCAAAUACUGGUAAAAACUUGCACAGUCACGAAAUUCCAGCCCCUCUGUCGAAAUCUGCUUGGGAAGUAUCUGGAUAUGGUACUGCGACCGUUGGUGAUGAAAAGGAUCACUGGGUGGUUGAAGUUGUUGCUCAGCAUGGCGCAGAAAACACAUCUCGCUUGCAUCCUUUGACCACUGCUUUCCGUCUAAAGAAUGCCUAUUUGGGCUGCUACUUGGCCCAGACCGGGAAUUCUUUACCCGAAUGGGGUUUUAGGCAGAGUGAAGUUGCUUGUUUGAAAAAUCCAUUCAAGAGAGACAAGAGAACCUGGUGGAAUGUUGAAACACACACCAACGAUAGACUUCCUGAGAGGCCAGCAGAUUUCAAGUACCCUAAAUUGAACUUCAUCAAAAACUUCGUCCAUUUGAACUUGGCAAUGAUGGCCACCAACAACGCUUUGGUCCCAGAUCCUGAUAAGUUAGACAACCUAGCUUCCUCUGCAUGGCAAUGGCCAACAUUGAACGUCGGUAUCAGACUUUGCGGUUGGGGUGAUGAUACACCCAAAUAUUUCUUGAUGGGGUCGCCAGCUUCUACAUGGGCUUCGACGAUUGCUGUGUUUGCUUUCAUGGCCUUUAUUGUUAUUUUGGUUUUGAGAUGGCAAAGACAAUUCGCCGAUUUGUCAAGACCUAAGGAUCUGAACCUAUUCAUGAUGGGUGGGUUCUAUCCCCUUCUAGGAUGGGGUCUACAUUACGCUCCUUUUGUGAUCAUGAGCAGAGUUACUUACGUUCACCACUACCUCCCAGCACUCUACUUUGCGCUGCUAAUUCUAUGUUAUCUUUUCGAGAUUGGACUCAGCACUUUGGGCAAAUCGAGUGCCGGAAAUCUAUCAAGAACAUUGGUUUACAGCUCAUACAGCGCUUUGGUGAUCUACGGUUUCUACUACUUCUCACCUAUCUCCUUCGGGAUGCAGGGACCAUCGAGUGACUACUCUUACAUGAACUGGUUCAAAUCUUGGACAAUUGCCUAA